CGUCUAUCUGGUUUCCCAUUUACACCCAGAAGGUGAUCCAAUUCCCAAGGCACGGUGUGGCCCCACUAGAGGCCGGCUGUGAGCCCGAGGAGGGCAGGUGGGAGGGAGGGAGGCUCGUGACGUCACGGUGUCCCUGCAUUAACACAGCGGCAGUAUCACAGGAUUACACGGAUCCGAGCUCGAAAGGAGAAAUUCCCUUGCAGUCCCGAGCGCGGCCGGCCAUCUGCACCUCUCACCCACCGUACAACACACACAGCAGAAGCAGCAGCAACCGCAGGAGGGGACCCGGCCAUAUUGCAGCAUGUCGGUAGCAGGGUUCAAGAAGCAGUUCCACAAAGCCACUCAGAAAGUAAGUGAGAAAGUUGGAGGAUCCGAGGGGACCAAACUAGAUGAAGACUUCAAAGAAAUGGAGAGGAAAGUGGAUGUAACCAGUAGGGCCGUCAUGGAGAUUAUGACAAAAACAACAGAAUAUCUCCAGCCUAACCCAGCUUCCAGGGCAAAACUCAGCAUGCUGAACACAAUGUCAAAGAUUCGAGGGCAGGAGAAAGGCCCAGGUUACCCUCAAGCUGAAGCUUUAUUGGCAGAGGCAAUGCUCAAGUUUGGAAGGGAAAUUGGCGAUGAGUCAAAUUUUGGCUUAGCGCUGCUUGAUGUAGGAGAAACAAUGAGGGAGCUCUCGGAUAUCAAAGACUCCUUGGAUAUUGAUGUGAAGCAGAACUUCAUAGACCCACUGCAGAACUUACAUGAUAAAGAUCUGAGAGAGAUUCAGCAUCACCUUAAAAAGAUGGAAGGCAGGCGUCUAGACUUUGAUUACAAAAAGAAACGGCAAGGCAAAAUUACAGAUGAUGAAAUCCGCCAGGCAUUAGAGAAGUUUGAUGAGUCCAAAGAAAUUGCCGAAUCAAGCAUGUUCAACCUGUUGGAAAUGGACAUUGAACAAGUAAGCCAGCUCUCGGCUCUUGCACAAGCACAACUCGAGUAUCACAGGCAAGCAACACAAAUCCUACAGCAGGUUGCUGUGAAACUGGAGCAGAGAGUAAGAGAUACUUCAAUUCAGCCCAGAAGAGAAUAUCAGCCUAAGCCACGCAUGAGCUUGGAUCUUGCACUCCCCAGUGAAAACAGCCAAUAUAAUGGGGGCAUUUCUCUUGCUGGGACCCCCAAACCAUCAGGGGCUCCUUUGGACCAGCCAUGCUGUCGAUCAUUGUAUGACUUUGAUCCAGAAAAUGAAGGUGAACUUGGCUUCAAGGAAGGUGACAUCAUUACUCUCACCAAUCAGAUUGAUGAAAACUGGUAUGAAGGGAUGCUUCAUGGCCAAUCGGGCUUUUUUCCAAUCAAUUACGUUGACAUCCUGGUACCUCUGCCCCACUAAAAAGUCUAACACACCAGAUUAUACAGUUUGUACCACUGCUUUUACAGCUGCUUUCUUCAGAUCACAAGUACAAAUUGCAGUGGGUUUCAGUUGUUACAUUCCAUUGUCAUUUUUAUUGGUUUAUAUAUAUAUAUGUUAUUAUUUCUUCAAAUGUUGUAUUUCAUUUUAUCUGAGUCUUAGAGUCCUUUAUAUUGAGCAAAUAAAUAAAUGGUAUUUGUUGUGGAA